AUGGUCAUCCGGAAAGAGAAGAAGAGCUGCGGGCAGGUGGUUGAGGAGUGGAAGGAGUUCGUGUGGAAUCCGAGGACGCACCAGUUUAUGGGCCGCACUGGCAGCAGCUGGGCCUUUAUCCUCCUCUUCUACCUCGUCUUCUAUGGCUUCCUCACAGCCAUGUUCACACUCACCAUGUGGGUGAUGCUACAGACUGUUUCUGACCACACCCCCAAGUACCAGGACCGACUGGCCACACCGGGCUUGAUGAUACGCCCCAAGACUGAAAACCUUGAUGUUACUGUCAACGUCAGUGAUACCGAAAGCUGGGACCAGCAUGUUCAGAAGCUUAACAAGUUCUUGGAGCCUUACAAUGACUCCAUCCAAGCCCAAAAGAAUGAUGUCUGCCGCCCUGGACGCUAUUAUGAACAGCCUGAUAAUGGAGUCCUCAACUACCCUAAGCGGGCCUGCCAAUUCAACCGGACCCAGCUGGGCGACUGCUCUGGCAUCGGAGACCCCACUCAUUACGGUUACAGCACUGGGCAGCCCUGUGUCUUCAUCAAGAUGAACCGGGUCAUUAACUUCUACGCAGGAGCAAACCAGAGCAUGAAUGUUACCUGCGCAGGGAAGCGAGAUGAAGAUGCCCAGAACCUUGGCAACUUUGUCAUGUUCCCCGCCAAUGGCAACAUCGACCUCAUGUACUUCCCCUACUACGGCAAAAAGUUCCACGUGAACUACACGCAGCCUCUGGUGGCUGUGAAGUUCCUGAACGUGACCCCCAAUGUGGAGGUGAACGUGGAAUGCCGCAUUAACGCUGCCAACAUCGCCACAGAUGACGAGCGAGACAAGUUCGCUGGCCGUGUGGCCUUCAAACUCCGCAUCAACAAAACCUGA